AUGAUGGACGUUUACAAAACAUUGUAUCAGAUCGUAGACAACUACGACUACUUUUACAAGGGAGAUGAUGAUUCGUUUGUAAUCAAUGAGAAUCUGGAAUUUUUGAUGCAAAAGUUCAACGCGAAUGGGAAAAUUGAAACUGGUUACGCGAUGCGAGAUCAAUCAAGUCCAUUGUUAUACUCCGGCGGAGCUGGUUAUCUGCUGUCUAGAAGCGCAUUGAAAGCAAUUGUACAUGACGGUCUGGAGUAUCCGAACGGGAAGCCCAAAUGCGACACUACAGAAGGCCCGGAAGAUGUUCGUCUUGCGGCCUGUGCACGAGUUGUCGACGUAGCUCAAUACGACUGUCACGAUGCCAAAGGAGCCAAACUAUUUUACAAUAUGAAACUGGAGACCAAAUUCGACCGGUUUCGAUGGCUCGCUGAAAAGGAUGUGAAAAGUCGACCGAACUGGGACUACGUUAGCGAGAAUCAUGCAACGUUCCACUACGUGGAUGGAUCAAUGCAAUACGUUUUGGAAUUCGUCAUAUAUUUUGUGGGGCACUUUCUCAAACAUCAACUCUUACGCGAUCCGUACAACAACAAUGGUACCAAAAUGGAACCAAAAAUAGACUGCAAACGUUUGCUUGUUAAUACUUGA